ACUUUUGCCCCAAGUACGAGUUUCGUGAGCAUUUUCCCAUAAAAGCACAUGCUCUUCCUACCUUUGUCGCACUUUUCCACCAAGCUGUAUCCCAUUUGUUUUUGCAUGGCUAGUUAGUGCAUGGUCUGUAGAGCAUGCAGCUUGAACCUCGGGUCCAAGAUCCAAAUGGUUUGGGAGCGACGGCGUUUCAACUUUUGCCCCAAGUACGAGUUUCGUAAGCAUUUUCCCAUAAAAGCACAUGCUCUUCCUACCUUUGUCGCACUUUUCCACCAAGCUGUAUGCCAUUUGUUUUUGCAUGGCUAAUAAGUGCAUGGUCUCUAGAGCAUGCAGCUUGAACCUCGGGUCCAAGAUCCAAAUGGUUUGGGAGCGACGGCGUUUCAACUUUUGCCCCAACUGUAUGCCAUUUGUUUUUGCAUGGCUAGUUAGUGCAUGGUCUGUAGAGCAUGCAGCUUGAACCUCGGGUCCAGAUCCAAAUGGUUUGGGAGCGACGGCGUUUCAACUUUUGCCCCAAGUACGAGUUUCGUGAGCAUUUUCCCAUAAAAGCACAUGCUCUUCCUACCUUUGUCGCACUUUUCCACCAAGCUGUAUGCCAUUUGUUUUUGCAUGGCUAAUAAGUGCAUGGUCUCUAGAGCAUGCAGCUUGAACCUCGGGUCCAAGAUCCAAAUGGUUUGGGAGCGACGGCGUUUCAACUUUUGCCCCAAGUACGAGUUUCGUGAGCAUUUUCCCAUAAAAGCACAUGCUCUUCCUACCUUUGUCGCACUUUUCCACCAAGCUGUAUGCCAUUUGUUUUUGCAUGGCUAAUAAGUGCAUGGUCUCUAGAGCAUGCAGCUUGAACCUCGGGUCCAAGAUCCAAAUGGUUUGGGAGCGACGGCGUUUCAACUUUUGCCCCAAGUACGAGUUUCGUGAGCAUUUUCCCAUAAAAGCACAUGCUCUUCCUACCUUUGUCGCACUUUUCCACCAAGCUGUAUGCCAUUUUUUUUUGCAUGGCUAGUUAGUGCAUGGUCUGUAGAGCAUGCAGCUUGAACCUCGGGUACAAGAUCCAAACGGUUUGGGAGCGACGGCGUUUCAACUUUUGCCCCAAGUACGAGUUUCGUGAGCAUUUUCUCAUAAAAGCACAUGCUCUUCCUACCUUUGUCGCACUUUUCCACCAAGCUGUAUGCCAUUUGUUUUUGCAUGGCUAGUUAGUGCAUGGUCUGUAGAGCAUGCAGCUUGAACCUCGGGUCCAAGAUCCAAAUGGUUUGGGAGCGACGGCGUUUCAACUUUUGCCCCAAGUACGAGUUUCGUAAGCAUUUUCCCAUAAAAGCACAUGCUCUUCCUACCUUUGUCGCACUUUUCCACCAAGCUGUAUGCCAUUUGUUUUUGCAUGGCUAAUAAGUGCAUGGUCUCUAGAGCAUGCAGCUUGAACCUCGGGUCCAAGAUCCAAAUGGUUUGGGAGCGACGGCGUUUCAACUUUUGCCCCAAGUACGAGUUUCGUGAGCAUUUUCCCAUAAAAGCACAUGCUCUUCCUACCUUUGUCGCACUUUUCCACCAAGCUGUAUGCCAUUUUUUUUUGCAUGGCUAGUUAGUGCAUGGUCUGUAGAGCAUGCAGCUUGAACCUCGGGUACAAGAUCCAAACGGUUUGGGAGCGACGGCGUUUCAACUUUUGCCCCAAGUACGAGUUUCGUGAGCAUUUUCUCAUAAAAGCACAUGCUCUUCCUACCUUUGUCGCACUUUUCCACCAAGCUGUAUGCCAUUUGUUUUUGCAUGGCUAGUUAGUGCAUGGUCUGUAGAGCAUGCAGCUUGAACCUCGGGUCCAAGAUCCAAAUGGUUUGGGAGCGACGGCGUUUCAACUUUUGCCCCAAGUACGAGUUUCGUAAGCAUUUUCCCAUAAAAGCACAUGCUCUUCCUACCUUUGUCGCACUUUUCCACCAAGCUGUAUGCCAUUUGUUUUUGCAUGGCUAAUAAGUGCAUGGUCUCUAGAGCAUGCAGCUUGAACCUGUUGUGUGAUGUCAUCAUAUGCUAUCACAUUCUGUCUGCCUCCCAUCCCAUGUUUUCAACUUGCAUGUGUGGUUUGAACGUGUGCAAGAAUUUGUGUGUGAUGUGUUCUGGAGUUUGGGAAUGUGUUUUGUGUUAUUUUGUUUGAGCAGGUUUUUUGUGAUGAUAGAUCUUGAGAAGAUCUUUCCGACGCAACGAGAAUCCCUUCAAUCGGAGCAAGAACGCGAAAGCUAUGAAGAUUCAAAGUUCAUGAGCUUGCGUUACAAUUGCGGCGGUUACAAAGUGAAGUUGUGGGGUGACUUUAUAUGGAGUUGGGACCUUUGGGGGUUGGGGAAAUUUGUCACUCUACUGUAACAGCUGCAAAUUGGUUGGGAACAACCAAGCUAGGUUGGCAAGGGUGGCCAACUUGGAUGGAUUGGUUGGGGAGGGACAAAUGUCAAAGUUGGGGUUCCUAUAGGGAGGGAAUCUUUGUGCUUAUGGGGUUUCCUUGGUUGGGGACUCUCUUGGGACCUUCCCUCUCAUCCCUAUCUUCUAUCCCAACCUUUCUCUUGCUCCUCUAAUUCCUUGUGAGAUUCUUGAACUUUGAUUGAACCUUUUGAGAUUGAGUUAAGUUCUCCUCCUACAGCUUACCCCCUAGUGCGUCGAAAGCCAUAGCGUCGCGAAUACUUCAUCAAUCAACAUGAUUCAAAUUGGGAACGGUAGCUGAGAUUAAGAGCUACAACAUAUCCAAGUUUCGCGACAUUCCAAAGGCUAGUUUUUUGUCGACGUCGUUUCUUGUGAAGACGACUUUUCUGUCCAGAAUUUCGGAUUUAUAUUUUGAGUAAUUCUAGCUCCUAAGUUCACCUAGACUCCGUCCUUAAUCCUAACAGAACCUCGGGUCCAAGAUCCAAAUGGUUUGGGAGCGACGGCGUUUCAACUUUUGCCCCAAGUACGAGUUUCGUGAGCAUUUUCCCAUAAAAGCACAUGCUCUUCCUACCUUUGUCGCACUUUUCCACCAAGCUGUAUGCCAUUUUUUUUUGCAUGGCUAGUUAGUGCAUGGUCUGUAGAGCAUGCAGCUUGAACCUCGGGUACAAGAUCCAAACGGUUUGGGAGCGACGGCGUUUCAACUUUUGCCCCAAGUACGAGUUUCGUGAGCAUUUUCCCAUAAAAGCACAUGCUCUUCCUACCUUUGUCGCACUUUUCCACCAAGCUGUAUCCCAUUUGUUUUUGCAUGGCUAGUUAGUGCAUGGUCUGUAGAGCAUGCAGCUUGAACCUCGGGUCCAAGAUCCAAAUGGUUUGGGAGCGACGGCGUUUCAACUUUUGCCCCAAGUACGAGUUUCGUAAGCAUUUUCCCAUAAAAGCACAUGCUCUUCCUACCUUUGUCGCACUUUUCCACCAAGCUGUAUGCCAUUUGUUUUUGCAUGGCUAAUAAGUGCAUGGUCUCUAGAGCAUGCAGCUUGAACCUCGGGUCCAAGAUCCAAAUGGUUUGGGAGCGACGGCGUUUCAACUUUUGCCCCAAGUACGA